GUGUGCCGGUAUGGUGACACUGUUGAUUACAAAAUGGAAAAGCUCAAGGAUACUUUCCUUUGACGAGGAGCUGUUCUUCAUUUUUCUGCUGCCUCCUAUUAUCUUCAACGCUGGCUUCCAGGUCAAGAAAAAACAAUUUUUUCGCAACUUCUCAACAAUUCUACUAUUGGGUGUAUUUGGGACACUGGUAUCCUUCUGCAUUAUCUCCGCUGGCUCAUACUUUUUACUCAAGAAAAUUGGUAUUACAUCCUUGAAGAUUCAAGAUUACUUAGCUAUUGGUGCUAUAUUUUCAUCCACUGAUUCUGUAUCCACAUUACAGGUUCUCAACCAAGAAGAAACACCCCUACUUUACAGUAUUGUCUUCGGGGAGGGAGUUGUUAAUGAUGCUACCUCAGUUGUACUUUUUAAUGCAGUCCAGUCACUGGAUCUUAGCAAUGUUAACACUAUGACUGCCUUUGAGCUAUUCGCAAAGUUUCUUUAUUUAUUCUUCACAAGUACUGCACUUGGAAUAUUGGUUGGACUUAUCAGUGCAUAUAGCAUAAAGAAAUUAUACAUCGGAAGGCAUUCCACAAAUAGGGAAGUUGCAAUUAUGUUACUUCUUGCAUAUCUUUCAUACAUGAUUGCAGAGCUCCUUUCUCUCAGUGGAAUACUGACCAUCUUCUUCUGUGGAAUCAUCAUGUCACAUUACACUUGGCAUAAUGUUACCGAAAGGUCAAGAAUAACAACUAGGCAUGCAUUUGCAACAAUGUCAUUCAUUUCAGAGACUUUUAUAUUCCUCUAUGUUGGUAUGGAUGCUUUGGAUAUUGACAAGUGGAAGAUGAGUGAUGCUAGUGUUGGAACAACGAUCACUGCUAGUGGAACUUUGUUUUCUUUGGUUAUGGUUGGAAGAGCUAUAUUUGUCUUUGCUUUGGCAAAUGUUUCAAACUGUUUUACACAUCGAUCUAAUGCUAAAAUUGACCUUACAUCACAGUUUGUAAUAUGGUGGGCUGGCCUAAUGAGAGGUGCUGUAACUAUUGCUUUAUCAUACAACCAGUUCUCAUCAAGUUCAACAUCAAAAGAAUAUGCAUUCAUGAUAACUACUACAAUCAUUAUAGUGCUCUUCAGUACUGUGGUAUUUGGAACGGUCACUAAACCUUUAAUAAAAGCUGCAUUAUCAUACUCAACACAUGGUGAAGACUCUAUUGUUUCCAGCUUAGAAGAUAUGCGUAUCUUAUUUAUGGAAGAUUGCAGUUCGAACAACAAUGAUGUCGCAAACACAAAUGUGAAGAACAGUAUCGGCAUGUUGAUGAGGUAUCCUACUUCGACUAUUCACUACCUGUGGAGGAAGUUCGAUGAUAGAUACAUGAGACCAGUUUUUGGUGGACGUGGUUUUGCAUCUCCCAGCUCAUUGCUCCCUGCCACGGAUGGCGAUGAUGUUUGACCAGUGUCCCUUAAGUAAACAACUACUAGCAAUAGAAGUAAAUCCUUAGGAUGCAUACAUAAGCUUGUAUAUCUAAAAACAGUAGACCUUGUUGGCUUCAGGAGAAGCAUUCGUACAGUGAUGUGAUCAUUAUAGGGGAAGGAAA